AAUGGAAGAACUUAUAUGUCCAUAAUGUCAUAAUAUAUUCAAUGAAUUUGACAAUACUCCUCUAAUGCUUCCAGAUUGUGGCCAUACUAUCUGUCAACAAUGUAUCCAAUCAAUGUUAUCCAAUGCUGAUGGCUAAUAGAUCUCCUGUCCAGAAGACAAGUAUUAUUCUUUCCUAAAUUCUAGUAUAUUGGCUAAAGGCAAGACCAACAUCUUAGAAUUUCCUAAAAAUUGCUAGCUUUUGAAAAUGAUUUUAAAAUAGAGACCAUCUAUUGAAUAACCUGAAUAUUAGUUAAAUUUAAACAAUUUUGCAAAGGAACAAUUUGAAUUGUGUGGUGAACAUCUAGAAAAGUUAGAGAUUGUGUGUUUAACAGAUAAAAUUAGAAUUUGUACUAAAUGUGCAUUGUUUGGAAAUCAUAGACAUCAUGAAGUGAAAUCUGUUGAUGAUGUAGUUAGAGAAGUCACUCUUAAGGCUGAAAAUAUUAUGUAGACUUAUUAAAAAAUCUUGGAUAAAUAAUAAGAAAUGACUGAGUCUAAGUUUUAUGAACAUCUGUCAGAUAAAUUUUCAAUUAUGUUUUAAGAUAGUUAGAUGUCAGUUAAGGAGAAAUUUAAAGAAUUGCAUCAAUAAUUAGAGUAAAAGGAGAAUAAGUUAUUGGAACAAUUGAAUACUCUCACUUAAACUCUUGAAUAAUAGACUAAAAAAUAGAUCAAAGAUCAAAUUUAAUAGAGUUUAUAAUAAGCUGAAUUAUGGAAGAUUGGAGCUAAAGAUCGUUUAUUAUAUUUCUCUACUAAAACAGAUAAUGGUGAAUUACCUUUAGAUUUACUUUAUAACUAGGAAUUUAAAGGUAAUGCUAUAAUUGAAGAAAUGGAUAGAACCAUAAAAAUAUUAGAAUAGAAAAUUAAUAAUAUUAGAAUCAGAAAAAUUAGAGUUGAUUUUAAAAAAACAGAAAUAGAAAAGUGUUUUGAUACAAUGUGCUCAUUAACAUUAUAGUUAAAUCAUACUGAAAAUAAUCCUGUAGAAAAUAGUUUUACAAAAUUUGAUUAAGAAGAACCACUUCUAUUAAGAGAUAAUUCAGUAGCAGAUUGGACUGAUACUGAUGAAAGUUUGAUUACUUCAAUCACUUAAAAUUAAAGUCAUAUUUCAACAUAAUCAGUUAUAUAAGCAAAGAGUCCUUUAAGAACUUAAAAUCUAACUUAAUCUCAUCAUUCUAUCACUCCUCUCAAAAACAUUAAAUAAAAAAGUCCAAAUAAGGAAUAAUCAAAUAAUACUCUUUAACCUCCAGGUCCAAUAUCAAUAUUACGUUAAGGUAUAUCUCCAACACCAAAAUUGCAAGAACGUAGAAAGAAAACAUUUAAAAUGAAUGAAAAAUUUGAUUCUAUUUGGUAGGCUUUCAAAAAUGAUAAUUUAGAAAUUGUAGACUUUUCUAAUGCUGGUAUGUAUUUUAUUAUUAAAUAUUAUAAGAAUUAGGAGAUGAAGGAUGUUAGAUAAUUGCAGAUUAAUUGAAAAUUUGUAAAAAAGUAAAAUAAUUAAAAUUGGCAAGAAAUAAGAUUAGUGAUGAUGGUGCUACUGUGUUAUUAUAAGCUUUAGCUUAAAAUGGGAAUGUAGUUUCAUUACAUUUAUCUUCAAAUAUGAUUACUGAAAGAACUUUGGAUUAAAUCUUAUAAUUAAUUAAAUCAUCUUAACUACCUAAGAACAUUUAUUUAUCAUAAACAUUAAUAAAUGCUACAAAAUCUAAGAAAAAGGUUGAGGAACUUAAAAAGUUAGGAUAUAUUGUUAACAUUUGA